AUGGAUUCCAAAUACGUGGUUCUCCAAGAGAACUGGGACCAUUUACCUGAUGAUCUUGUGGCGUCCACAGACACAAGCAAAAUAGAUGGCGGUCCUUCUACUCCGCGAGAAUUCCCUCAAUCCCCAUCUUCGAGACGAAACACAAACUACGGCACGGCAUACGCUUCAGUUCCUGGGGUAGAGUUGGAUGAGUUCGACCAUAUAAACGGCGGGAGCCAAUCUUCUCAAUCAAAAAUCUUUGCUGGAGCUGAGUCUCAAGAUCUACCUUCUGUCGACAUCGGGUCUAGUACCGAAUGGCAGUGCCUCUUCACGAUAAUCUUUGGAGUAGCAUGUUCUUUGGCCUGUAUUUUCUGCAGUAUUGGCUUCUGGGUCGUAUUGGCUCCAGCCCCUGGGUUGCCGGUAAUACCUUUACCAGAAGGCUUGCCUGGCGAGGCCCUCUCCCUUAUCGUCAAUAUCAUCCUUACUCAAUGUCUGGAAGGAUUGGCAUAUGUCCAUUCAAUAUCUCUUCGCUGGGCCCUUCUCAAGGAAAGUCGACUCGUUUUCAACACCAACAUCCGCUUGAUCACUAGCUCGAGGCUCUCUCGGCCUAACAGCUGGUACAUCAACUCCAUCUCAGCGAUUCUUUUGAUUCUUUGCUAUGCAGCCACUUCGAUGCUUGUCAUGCCUAGGUUCGACUUGGAUACAGGCAAAUCUUACGAGUCACACAUCAACUUGAUCGCCUUGCUGGCACUUGGACUCGCUCUGUUAUGCCAAGCCCUGUUGGCCAUCUGGUGUUAUUAUAACAAUCUUCAUGACAUUCCCUCGUGGAGCGCCAACCCACUGAAUACCACCAUUACGAUGAUAAACCGGCAAUUUGUACAGCAUAGAAAAGGUCGCUGCAUAUACUCGGUUCAAAUCGAAGACACUUUAGAGGCAAUACCAAUGCUUCCGCGUGAGAAACAACCGAGUCCAUGGCAAAUCAGCACUUCCGCAAGAAAGGCUAUGAUCUUCAUCUGGACUCUGACUGGACUCUCUAUCGUGUGGUUCUUGACAAUCGUCCUCCUCAGCCGAUCCAAUAUGAUAGGUGCCAUCAACGAGGUACAACCUCUGCCCAACUCAAAGUGGCCUUCGAAAUGGCAUUUUUCAUUAGCUUGGGACCCUUAUGCAAACCUCAUCGUGGAAAAUAUCUCUAUGACGACCUAUUUUAACGCAGUUUUCUUCAGUCUGGAUUAUCUCAGGCAAAAUUCAGGCAUGUCAUUUGUUGCUGCGAUUAUAGCCGGUCUUGUAUUUAUCUGCGCAAUUCAAGGACUACAGACCCUCGGACUCCACUGUGCAGAGCUCAUCGUCAACCUGUCCCGCGAUGAAGAUGUAUGGAGAGAUAUUGAUGCUAAAAGCUGGUCUGGCCGUCAGACCAACGUCCUCGAGACCCCGCCCUUCCUCGCUGCACUGAUGAGCUGGAAGUAUGAUAUGCUCCUGAUCUUCAAAUCCCUUCUGCAUUGGCUGCUCGGUCAGUCAUCUCAGCCUUCUUUCGACAGUGCCGAAAACAGAGUUUGGUUCACCAUGAACUAUGCUCGUUUAUUUGUUUAUGUCAUCUGCGCUAUUGUCUUUGGGUUGGCUCUAACGUUUGUCACAUUCAAAAAGCCAAAGGGUCCACAGCCGGCAACGUAUGGUCACAUACAGACUCUUGCAGAUGUUACUGACGACUGGACCUUGAACGAAAAUGGACGCUUUUGGUGGGGAGACAAAGGUAUCACAGAAGGGAUUCGGCACGCGGGCACAAGUUCUCGGAAGGAAAAUCUAGGACCGAUAGAUCCGGAUGCUCCCUACGCUGGUGAGGUGGAAAGUUGA